AUGCUGUCCGGAGCAGACAGUAUCGAAGAAGCUAAUCGACUCAUGUCAGAGGUAAUUGAGAUUACCAAUUCAGCUGGUUUUAUCCUUAGAAAGUGGAAUUCUAAUUGCGCACAGCUACUUACUAAGCUUCCUAAACAUCUAAGAGAUGAUCGAGCCACCCUGGAGCUGGACUCCUCUAGCUCUACCGUGAAGACUUUGGGACUCCGUUGGGAUACCAAUUUGGACAGUUUCUAUUUCUGCUUUCCACAAUGGUGGUCGAAUGCAUCAGCCUUCACAAAGCGAAGCAUCCACUCAGACGCAGCAUGCUUAUUUGACCCGCUAGGCUUGGUGGGACCGGUAGUAGUACAGGCGAAAAUAAUCAUUCAACAGUUAUGGCAGUUGAAAUGCGGUUGGGAUGAACCAUUGGAUGAAACAUUGCAAACAAUUUGGAAGGAGUAUAAACAAAAUUUAAUGGCCCUUGAGUCACUGUCAGUUCCUCGGUGGAUCGGCUUUACUAACGAUUGUUCGGAAAUUCAGCUACACGGGUUUUGCGAUGCUUCAGAGGUGGCCUACGGAGCAUGUUCAUAUCUGCGUUGUACCGCAUCGGAUGGGACUGUGUCAGUACGUCUCAUCACGUCGAAGUCGAGAAUAGCACCGCUAGAGAAUCUGAAAGCCAAGAAGAAGAAGGUAACAAUUCCUCGGUUAGAACUAUCAUCCGCCUUGCUGCUUAGUCAUCUGUACGAGAAGUUUUCCUCUAACGUUACGAUCAAAUCAACAUUCUUUUGGACCGAUUCCAUGAUCGUCAAACACUGGCUGGCAUCGCAACCGUCAAGAUGGCAAGUUUUUGUCGCUAAUCGUGUGUCGGAGAUACAACACAUCACCAAAGGUGGCGCUUGGAACCACGUCCCCGGCAUUGAGAACCCGGCAGAUUUGAUUUCCAGGGGAAUGUCUCCAGCUGAAUUACAAUACCAACCUCUUUGGUUCCAAGGUCCACGAUGGUUGGCUCAGAAUCAAGAAUAUUGGCCGCGACCAGAAGAAUCCAUUCCAGAAUCGUUCGAACCAUCUCUCCUGGAAGAACGACCAUCGCCAGCUUUCCCCGCUCAAGCUACUCCACCUAGCGAAAUUUUCGGACUUAGAUCGACAUACUCAGAACUCAUCAGACUGGUCGCACUACUCAUCCGUUUCAAGCAUAAUUCGCAACCUAGCAACAGGCAAUCUAGAAGAGAUGGAAGCAUUACACACGUGGAACUAGAACAAGCAACGCUGCUACUAGUCCACUUAUCUCAGCAAGAGUGUUUUUCGGCAGAACUACUCAGCUUGAUAAGGCAAGGUCAUGUUCAAGAAAGCUCUUCUAUCAAAGGUCUACGUCCUCAGCUUCCCGUUAAUGGCAUAAUGUGCGUUGGCGGCCGGUUAUCUCACGCCCCAGUUACUGAGUCUAGAAAACAUCCAUUCAUCUUACACCACCAUCACCCGCUCGCAAUUUUGGUUAUGCGACAUUAUCAUCUGCGACUAUUUCACGCCGGCCAGCAACUGCUGAUUGCAUCAGUUCGAGAGAAGUUUUGGCCAACUGCUAUCCACAGUUUGGCUAAAAGGGUUAUACAUGAAUGUGUCUCAUGCUUCAAGAAUAAACCUAAGGUCGUAGAUCAACUAAUGGCAGAUCUUCCGUCCGAGCGAGUAACGCCAUCAUCACCGUUCUCAAAAGUGGGAGUAGACUAUUGUGGUCCCUUCCUUAUAUCCUAUCCUAACCGUCGGACCAGACCAGUAAAGUGUUAUGUAGCGAUAUUCGUUUGUCUGGCGGUGAAAGCGGUUCACUUAGAACUCGUAGCAGAUCUAACAACUCAAGCGUUCCUGGCUGCUCUGAGGCGUUUUACCGCGCGACGCGGAAAACCAAAUCUAAUCAUGUGUGAUAACGCUACAACAUUUGUCGGUGCUAAGCGGGAACUAUCUGAACUACAUCGCUUAUUUCUAAGUCAGCACUUCCAAGAUGCUGCUGUCAGGGAUGCCGGAAAUGACAGCAUUGAGUUCCGUUUCAUUCCUCCUCGCACUCCGAACUUUGGUGGUCUGUGGGAGGCACAGGUGAAAUCGUUCAAGAAUCGCUUUCGUAAGACAAUAGGACUUCGAACACUAAACAUCGAUGAAAUGCAGACAGUUCUUGCUCAGAUUGAAGCAAUCCUCAACUCUCGUCCGAUGACACCACUUAGCAGUGAUCCAAAUGAUUUCCAGGCUCUCACGCCUGGACACUUCUUGGCGCAGCGUCCCAUGACAGCAAUCCCGGAACCAGAUCUUCAAGAUGUACCCGUUAAUCGGCUAUCUAUGUGGCAACGUGCCCAAUACUUCACUCAGCAACUAUGGAAAAAGUGGUCCACGCAAUAUCUAUCAGAUCUUCAUAAUCGGACUAAAUGGACCAAGCAGCGAGACAACGUGACAGUAGGAACAAUGGUGCUGCUGAAAGAUGAAAAUUCACCUCCACUACGAUGGAAUCUGGCUCGAGUCGUCAAGGUUUUUCACGGCUCAGACGGCAACAUCAGGGUUGUUACCGUACGUACAAAAGAUGGAUACUUCGACAGGGGAAUUUCUAAGAUAUGCGUCCUCCCAAUUCGGGACAACGCUCAGCAAGUCUCGGCAGAUGGGAAUUAA